AUAUAAUAAGUGUCAAAUAUACCAAUUUGGUGCAUUUGUUAUUCUACGAAAUAUUUUUCGGGAUAAUGUUACUAUAUGGCGUUAAAUAUUGCAAUCAUAACCUAUUUAUAGCAAGUAUCGAUAUAUCGAUGCUCGUUCUAACACAACGUAUCAUGUAGUCGAUAAGAAGUAUAUCCACCAUAGUUUGACGAUGACUUCAAAUCAUGUCAAUUGAGGAAGAAGGGAAUUAUAUAUUGUUGGCAAUCGCACAUUCGCUUCUAUUUCUCACUUAGAUCGCGACCAUCUGUUUACUCUUGAAAUUUUAAUACUUCACUCCGAAUACUUGACGAUACUUGAGCGUGCCCGCGGAAAAUUUUCUCAUUUUUUUUCUUGAUUUUUCCCUCCUUUUUUUUUUAUUUUCAUUGAUUUUAGUUAAAGUGUUUAUUAUGAGAUUAGAUAGAAGCUUUAUAAAUGUAAUGAUACUGAGCUGGGGAUUUAUGCUGUUAUUUACCGCAUUUCAGACAUUGGGAAAUAUCGAGAAAACAGUGCUGGAUAGUAUUCACAACGAUGAUCCGAAUUUCACCGGCGAUGCCUACGUCAGCUUAGCUAUAGUUUAUGCGGCGUUCGCUAUAUGCAACUGGCUAGCACCGUCGUACAUCUCGGUAACAGGACCGCGUGUUGCUAUACUGACCGGCGCUUGUUUCUACGUGCUUUUCCUAGCAUCUUUCCUCUGGCCUCAAACUGUUCUGCUCUAUGCCGGUUCCUGUAUCAUAGGUCUGGGAGCUGCGUUGAUAUGGACUGGACACGGGCAAUAUUUAACGGAGAACAGCGACUCGAGCACGAUGUCCAGGAACACCGGAAUAUUUUGGGUGAUAUUUCAGUUCUCCAUAUUCGCUGGCAACAUUUUCGUUUACUACGAGUUCAAGGAAUCAAAGAUCGAUGCGUCCCAACGGAAAUUCGUGUUCAGUGUGCUCACCGGAGUGGGGUUUCUCGGCACGUGUUUACUCCUCGCGUUGAGAAAAGUGUCGCACAGCUUGGUUUUAGGCGAGGCGGAAGGUGUAUCCAGCGCUGACAAGGAACUUCGAAUACCAGAACCAGCGAGGAAGAAACCACUGUUGGCUGCCUGGAACGCUUUGGCCGAUGCGUUUGCUCUUUUCAUUACACCGAGAAUGCUUCUCUUGUCUGUGAUGUUCCUGCACACCGGACUGUUGUUGACGUUCUACUCGGGCGUCUAUUCGUCCAGCAUCGGAUUCACCAAAGCGUUGGGCGAUCUUCGGAAGAGCCUGGUCGGCCUUUCCGGGAUCUUCAUCGGGAUCGGUGAGGUGAUCGGCGGCACCAUCUUUGGCAUCUGCGGCACCAAAGUGUCCCGCGUCUGCGGCGUCUGGACAGUUGUGAUCGCCGGAUUCUGCGUGAACCUGUUCGCCUUCAUUACCAUUUUCCUGAAUUUACCCAACGACUCGCCAUUCACCGACACCGACAGCCCAGCGUACAUCGCCACGUCGCCGAUUCUGGCGAUGGCCGGGAGCCUCGCUCUCGGUUUCGGAGACGCCUGCUUCAAUACUCAGAUCUACUCGUUGCUGGGCACGAUGUUCAUGCAACAGAGCGCAUCAGCGUUCGCGGUGUUCAAGUUUUGCCAAUCGAUCGCCACGGCGGUAAGCUUCGCUUACAGCACCGUCGCUCACCUCUACACGCAACUUCUCAUUUUGGCGAUAAGCAACGUCAUUGCUACUGUUACUUUCUGUUACGUUGAGCACAAGAUGAGAACAGAGAGAGAGAACAGUCACUCGGAGAGCGAUCUGACGAACGAUUGAUCUAGAUCCAGGAAGAUCGUGACGUUGCGUUGACGUAAUAUCUUCAUUUGUUAAAUUUUAUUAUUCUUUAAGAUGGAAAAAAGUCCAAAAGAUUCAUUCGAUAUCGUCACAGUAUUUCGUUUACCAUCGAGAUCUUAUAAUUUUAUAAAAAGUUAAAGAGGAACUAUUGACCAUCUUUUAAACCAUCUUUCAAAUCAACAGCUUGCUCCUCUAUUGCACUUUCUGAAUGAUAUUACGUUCGCGCGAUUUUUAUACGUUGUUUUAUCUCUUGGUUCUUUAACGGAUUAAACCGAGAAAAGAAACAUAAGUGAUGCUCAAGAAAAUGAAUUUAUUUUAUCGUGGAAGGAGUAAUGGGAAUGAUACGUUAUUUUGUUAAAGUAAAUGGAUAAGAUGAUUUUGUUAUGUGUAUAUAUGUAUAUUAGGUUAAAGAGCGUGAAACAUCGUUUCUUUGAACGUGGCGUGUCAAUAUGCGUUUGAUAUGCAUUAAUCUGACACUAACACUUUCGCUAUUACUGAUUCAUAGAUUGCCCCGUCUCUCGAUAUGUAUUUUGUGUCUACUUUUGACUUUUUAAUGAACGACUUGAAAAGAUCAAAGGUAGCAGUAUUAUUAUUGAAAAUAAACUUCUGACGAAGGCAAUUAUAUUUCUGUAGCAGCGGUUGUGCUAGGCAAAAAUGAACAAGGCAUGUGCAUUGUCAAAUCAUGUAAUUCCAGCGUUUCAGUACCACAUUAAAAGACUGCGUUUUUAUUAAUUAUUAUAAUGGUUAUUAUCUAAGAAAUUUUAAAACUCGAGAUGGAUUAUAUAUUUUUAUUUUAUAUAUACAGUAUAUUGUGGAAUAGUAAUGACAUUAAGUCUCGUAAAAUAAUUGUAAAUAAUUCCAUUAGAUUCAGGAAGUGGAUAUUUUUGAAUCCUCUUUAUCUUCUCUUAAUCUCUCUAUCUACUUUUUAUCUACAUGUGUAAAGAUAAAUGUAUUUUUCGUAUGAACCUUGUUAUUUAUAAAUCCAUUUCGAAUGAUGAAUGUCACCACGAUGAUCAAGGAUCAUGAAAAUAGAAAAAGUAUCGAGACAAGAAUUUGCUUUGCGUGGAAAAUUAAGCUACAGGAAACAUGAAACCACCUCCGGUGUCAAUGCAAUAUAUCUUUCGUAAACUGUUUGCAGAAUAAUUUGUGCUGUUGCAAGAUAUAGUUGUCGUAAAAUUAGAAUUGUACAGAAUAUUUUGAGUACUUGAAAGUUUUAUCACUUAUCUGUACACAAGUUGUUCAAGCUACUGCCGUACACUAGUUUCCAAGCAUUUUUGAUAAUCAAAUCAAAAAAUGUAGUCAAAGAAAAAAAUUAAUUAAAAAAAAUCGACCUUUGUCUUUUUAUCUAAAGACAAAGAUCUCUUUGUGACAGUGACUAUUGUAAUUUGACUGGUCCAAAACUGAUUAAACUUUUAUCUGGAAUAUCUUUUUGAUUGUCGGUUACAAGUCCUUGAAAAUCCAUGUGAAUUUCUAAUAACGUGAAUGCUUUGCAUAAUGAUUUCAGAUCUUUGCAUUGGGAGGAAUAUUUAGUUUGUACGAAGAUUAAAAAUUACUAUUUUGUAAAUAUGUUUUACUUCGAUUAAUUGAAGUUGAAAUAACAAUAACCUUGUUCUAAAGAAAUUAGAAUUGUAAAAUGUUGUGGUACAAGAUGUAUUUAGAUAUUGUUGAAGCGAAAAUAGCUAUAUUUAAAAAAAAAAUUUGACGAGAGAGAGAGAGAGGAAUUGUUUCUAUUUAAAUAAAUAGCACAAACUUCUAUUGAUAUGAAUGUUUUGUAAUUUGUAUUUAUAAAAAAUAUAUAUAUAUAUGUACAUGAAUUGAUAAACGAUAUUCAGUUCUCGUGGUUUUGAAAAGUGAUGAGACUGUAAUGCGAAGCUAAUUCUCGACAACUGCGCUAGCCAAACGAUUUUCUAUCGUAUUUUAAAAAACUUUAAGGGAAUGAUAUUUUUUAGCGUAUAUUUUACAGCAACAAAUAUGAAAAAUAGUAAAAAACAAAAAAAAAAUACAAAACAUAAUUUUGAAAUUAUUUUUUAUGAUAUCGAGGGAAAUGGUUAAUGAUAUUUGUAUGAAAAUACUCUGUAUGUACAUACUACUUAGAAACUAAUUUAAGGUUAUGAGACAUAAUCUUUCUUUUCAGCGGCGAUGUGAUAUAAAAUAGUUAUAUUUUUGUUCGUUGAAUCAGAUUUUUCUAUUCUUGUUGAUUCUUCUUGAACUGGCAGAAAAUUCAUUCAGUUUUCAAAAUGUUCUUUGCUAGAGUAUUAUUGUAAAUAUAUUACGACCAAAUUUAUAUAGGAAUUGUACAAUAUAUUUCAUAUAUAUUCGGAAUUGUACAAAAUAUUUCAUAUAUUGCAAUUCAAAUUAUAAAUACGUAUAAUUUUGUACAAUUCCUAAUAUUAUCAGGAUCAUCAUGAAUCUGUGUUGUUUGAAGAUAUUCGAAGAAUAUUUGUUGUUUAUCGGUAAUUUAAUAUUCAUGGAAGAAAGUUUAUAAAUUAAUUAACGUAAAUCAUGUAUGCAAAUCAAUCCAUCGUUCUGAAAUAAUUGUUAAUAACUAACCGAAUAAAAAUUCAUAUUCGAAA